AUGUUUGAGGCCGUAUACGAAAUCUUUGACAAUCACUUGAAGGAUCGCUUCGAGGGAUUGGCCUUUGUGGACCGGGCAGCUCAUUCUGUUCUAGCUAUCUCAGCUCUAGGCCAUGGGCCCUGGAGCCCGAGAUGGAGUUGGCCUCAACAAGCCAGAGGUCUGUCAGGAGGGCUACCUGUUCUCGGCGGUGGCCCAGUGGCUGAUCGCGCACCCCGAGGACUUCGCCGACGUCGACACCAUGAGCUCCAUUGCCAAGCGUUGGAACCCAACUAUGGAGAUGACGAGGGAUAUCCUGGUGGGCAGGGGGCUCCGGAGCUCGAUCCCGUGGUGGCGGUACGAACACUUGGAAAGACUUCUCACACCUCCGUGCUCCGUUCUGCCCAGCUGGGUUGCGGGCUACCGCAACGCAAUCCUGAUCGACGAUAA